AUGAAAUUUAUUAUCAGUGAAGAGCAAUCUGGUUUUGUGAAGGAAAGACAGAUCAUGGAUGUGGUCUUGGUAGCCAAUGAAACUGUGGAUCAUCAGAAAAGGAAUAAAAAGAGGGGCUAUAUCUUAAAAGUAGAUUUUGAGAAAGCUUUUGACGCUAAAAUUUCAGCCCUUGUAAAUGGGUCUCCUACUGAUGAAGUUAGCUUAGGUUGGGGCUUAAGGCAAGGAAAUCCCCUCUCUCCCUUCCUGUUCAUAAUUGUGACUGAGGAGCUACACCAAAUUAUUUCAAAUGCUAAGAGGUUGGACAUCAUGGAAAAUCUUAUGGUUCUGAAAAGACUUUUACGUUGCUUUGAACUCAUGUCUAGCCACAAAGUCAAUUUCCAUAAGUCCACCUUAGUUGGGAUUGAUAUUGAUGAUGACGAGGUUAAUCGGAUGGCCAAAAGAUUAUACUGUAAAACUGGAAAGUUGCCAAUUAUUUACUUGGGGAUGCCUUUUGGGGGAACUCUUGCUGCAAAGAUCCUUUCUCUGGGGGAUAUGGAGGGACAUGGAAGGAUUCACAAUAUUGCUUGGGAGAAUAUUGCUAAACCUAAAGACAGAGGAGGAGCUGGUGCUUCUAAUCUUGCUGAUAAAAAUGGGUGUGGAGAUUUAACUAUGACCAAGAUCUCCGACAGCCUAUAUGGAAGCAAAUGCUUCAAGAAGAGUAUAAUUUUCCUUAGGAAUGUCCAAGACCUUUUAAAUCCUACUGGUGGGAGAGUUGAACAUGCUAUCAGGGAAGGCCUAGCCUUUAGCCUAGGCAAUGGCAAAAAGAUCAUGUUCUGGGAAGAUAUUUGGAUAGGUGAUCUUGCUCUGAAAGAUAAAUAUCAAAGACUCUAUAUGGUUUCAAACCUCCACAAUUUGCCUAUUGAUAACUUUGGAGUCUGGGAUGGCCUUAAUUGGAAUUGGAGUCUCUCUUGGCGCAGAGAGCUUUUGUCAGUGGGAAAAAGCCCUAGAAUUUGA